UAAAAUUACUGGUAGUGCCGGCAGCAGUGAAAACCUAAGUUCAUCAUUAGUUCGAACUGUGUCUUAAUUUUGGAGCAAUUUUAUCAAUAUCGGAAGAUGACAAGGAUCAAAUGAAAUGUUGAAUAUGGCGACCAGUCAUUGUCGUACCGUACAUAUCACCAAUCUAUACUUGCUUACGCAAUGGUCCUAACUGCCUUUAACACUAUAUUUUUUAGAUUUAAUACUAAGUACUUCUAGUUUUAAAAUAACAUAGUUAUUAAAUCGUGACAUGGGUUGCCCUUGUUCUAAGUUUUCAUCAGAGGAUGAAGAUGGCGAAGAAGUUAUUGAGGUAAGUAAAUCAGUUGAGGAUAAUGUGACGGAAUUGAAUGUUUUGGCAGAUGAAGGAAAUCGUGAUCACGUCAUGGUCAUUGAUAUGGAGAUGGUGAAGGAAAUGAUUGAGCAGGUGAUUGAGGAUGCAAGGAAGGUGUUAAAGGCAGAGGCAGACCGAAUGAGAGAUAGAUUAGAAGACAAAGACAGCAGCGCGGAAAUAAACACAAAAGAAAAGCUGGAAAUACACCGUAGAGUGCAAUCUACUAUGUGUUCUGACGAAGAAGACGCAAAGAAGAUUGGGAUCAGUUGGUCAGACGCGAUUCGCCAACAGUCGUGGAAGAUCAACGGAAGGCGUUUGUUUUCAGAAACAUCUGUUUUUGAUUCAGAAGAUUCGUCGUGGACAUUGGAAAUUAAAGAAAAGUUCGCAUGCCUACGCACUCAGGAUACAAUAUGUCAUCAGAAAUAUUUGGUGAAUGGCAAUAUCUUUUACGUUGACAAGGAAAAGAGAUUGGAUUCAUUAAGAAGAAAGACCAUACACGAGCCAAGAGGACGAGGGAGAAUCUUACAAUAUCAACGAAGAUCUUACAUCGACGAGGACUUGAGCAACGAAGAUUAAUUUUAGUUAUUAGCAAUAUUUUAUUCAAUCAUUCCAUUCAUCUAUAUUGUUUUUAUUUUUAAUUUUAUUACUUCUGGUUUAUAUUUGUUUCCAUUUUUAUUCAGAAAUGUCGCCAUGUAUUUUACGGUCAAAUGUGAAAAUAUAUUUUAGAUAUGUUACCAUAAAAAUUCCC